CCGUGCCCAAAACUCGGUAGGUGGCGCAAGCUCUCGCCACAGCCGGUUCCCGUGGGGCUUUGCUAGAGGCCGCCAUGCGCCCGGUUGUGCCGCGGACGCGCUGUCCCCAGCUGCUAUGCUGACCAGCAUCGAUUUCCCCAUCGUAUUCCGACGCAGUUACAGAAUGGUCCCGAGUUGGACGGUCGCCUUUCUUGCAUCUCGCCACACGUCAGCGCGAAGUCGAUAACACCCAUUGUUCAACAUGCGUCGACUCGGCCAUCUGCUCGUAGUUGCCUUCGCCACAGCCGCGAUCGCUCCUGCGCUGCCGUAUUGUUCAACGGCCCAGUGGUCCGAUGUGCUCACUCAAACCCAGGCAAGCGACUACUUUGGACCAUGCAAAGCCGACGUUGGCCUGCCUGAUGCUACCAAUGCCGAGAGUCUUCGCCUCACGUCGUCCCAGGUGGCGUUGGCUCGAGACUCGGAGAACUGCCAGUGGCUGUUCGGGCACUUCCAAUCGACGGCAUCCGCUCUGAGCCACUCUUGCUUUGAGCUCACCCUUGUCACCACGUCGACUUAUGAACUCUUUCUGUCGUAUGUCGACAUCAAGGCGACGUAUCCGCCAACGCAAACGCGAUGCAAUACGACCCAAGUUCGGGAGGCAACCCUCCACUCCAUCAUGAACUCGAACAACUCGGAUUGUCUGAGUGCCGCUGGCCUGAAUGCCACCGUUGCCCUGGACCACCUCCCAACCCUCCAUCAACUGGCUGUGCUCCGAAUCACCGACCAGUGCGGACUCUUGUUUGCCGACCUCCAACACGUCGUGGGCACCCUGCCUACGUGUGCGAUGUUCAACGAAGGCACGCCGAUCCAGGCAAUUGCACAUCUGUCCCUGGACACUGCCGUGGGAUGGUUGGAGGUGCUGACGCCGUACGUGGAGCCAUGGACGUCUCAAACGACGGACACGAGCGUAGCUAUUGAAUUUCCGAGGAAUCACAUGCAGCUCGCAGCGGGCGUGCUACUCGCGGCCAUGUUGGCAGGGACAGGCUUUGUCAUUGGGGUGUACGUCCUCUACAGCAACCACCGACUUCGGUCCGUCAUGAUGCCAGUCGAAGAAGAGCUGAGGCUCCUGGCGCAGCAAGCCCACCGCCCGCCGUCGGAACAUCCCAUAUAAUCUAAAUUCGCGCAUUUAUAUUUAUGUCUACUAUACAAAUUCCAAUACAAAGGUGAAAUAUGC